AUGACUGACUCGCACGACAGCGACAGCGCGACAGCUCGCGCAGAGCAGGAGAGCAUAACAAGGAGCGCGGCAUUGGCAGAGAUCAUUGACGCACACACACAACCUGACGAUGCGACGCAUCUCUCGCUUGAAGAAUCAGAGUACCUCGCGGAGGGGAAUGUUAGAAUUGAGGAGGGCACACGGUGGAAUCCAGGGACGCCUGCCACGCCCCGUCCUGCUGGCCGUGUCUUUCGUGAGAACAAGUAUCUUGAGUCUGCUCACAUGCGGCUCCAGGCUAUCUUAAACGACACGGACGAUGAUGACGCAGAGCGGCGGCAAAUUAUCGAGACUGCGGAAGAGGGAGAUGAGGAGACGAGGCGGGUCGAGAAGCAGGUCUACCUCCAUCGCGAACACACGGCAAUAUACUGGCUAUGGAUUCGCCAGGUCCCUCUGCUUUACCAUCCUCGAUUUCUUCUGCGCGCUUACUACGUACCAGAGCGUAUCGAGGGCCUGCUCCGGCCUUUUCACUGGCACCCGCCCUUGGACUUUGAUGCUCCUGUAAUGCACUAUUUCGAGCGCCAGAGCCUGCGCUUUCAAGAAUUUCAACGCUUCCAGGCAAUCAAUCGCGGCAUCGACACCUUGGAGCCGUCCGCCAUGGAGGAAGCGUACCAUGCUGCGCUGAUACGUGAGGCCACCAACGCUCACCACUGGCGGGAGCUGGUGGCAACGCCGGGGUGCAAUGGAAGCUUGGGGCGGCGCAACGAGUUCUGGGCCAGGCGCGUCGAUGAGAGGGAACUUUUGCGGGAGGAAGCCUGCUCAAACUUUGACGAGUACCAAGCCGCAGUACGCGCACGCUUGGCUCGAAAUGGUGUAGAGGUUCCCGCAAACUUUGCGCUUCUAAACGAGGACUUUGCGCGUCAGGAUCGGCUGACGAUGUGGAGCGAAUACCUCGCGUUCGAGCUUUGGUUCAUGGAACAGUACGACGACGAUGUCCGCAGGUAUCGACCCUCGCAUGAUGUAGCGUACGCCCAGCUCAGGAGAGUGGUGGCGCUACGACCCCAUGAGACAGCCGAGUUUCUUCCGACGAAGGCGGCCGCGACGCAGCGAAAUGUCGAGGUGACUGAGGCGUUGAGCCGGCAAGAUAUGGCUGAGCUCGCCUUUCGGCGCCUGCAGAUGCGGCCGCCAGGGCGGAGGAACCAUACGAACCUGGAAAGGCUGCGCGUCGACAGACCGCGCCAGCUCGCCGAGGCGCAGGCCGAGAUUGAAGCCGCCGAGGACGCAAAGAUCAAAGUGAUGCGGCGCAAUGAGGCGGUGGUGGAAUUUCUGAAGGAGACGGGGGCCUGGCGGGAGGCGCGCGACAAUCGCUCGCGGCAUGAUGCUCUGUUGGCCUGGGCUACGGAUCGAUGGUACGAUAUUCGAACCUCGGCGGGUAUACCCCUUCCAGGGGAAGAGGAGGAGACUAUCCAGUCGUUGAACCCAGAUUUGUUUAUGCAAGCAGAUUGUUUCCCAGCGGCCCAGGGUGCGGCAGCAGCCCAGAGAACUGCCGAGGCAGCUGGUGCUCAAGUCGAGAGCGUCAUUGCUGAGGAUGGGGAACAGGCUGCAGUCACUGCGGCUGCUGAGGCUGGUCCCAGCAGCAACGAGGACGAACACCGCGAUGGUGUUUCUCCUGAUGUGAGCCCUUUGUCAGACGCCGUCCCGUCACCUUCUGUGUCGCCGCGCUCGCUGACUCGUCUGCGGCGUGUUACCUUUGCUUCGCCACAUCGUACCUCGUCACAUUCUACAGAGUCGGCCGUGAUUGAAGUGCCUCUAGUUGAGCAACCGUCAGCGGAAGAGCCGUCGGUCGAAGAGCCAUCAGACGAAAAGCCAGUAGUCGAAGAGCUAUCAAUGGAGCAUUCGUCAGUCGAGAAGCUGCCAUUGGAACUACCUUUAGCCGAAGGUUCAUCAGCCAAAGAGCUAACAGUCGAGCAGUCGUCGACCGAGAAGCCCCCGUUGGAACAGCCUUUGGUCAAAGAGCCCUCGAAAGAAGAACCGGCGAAUGAACUGCCUCCAGUAGAACAGUCAGUCAUUGUGCCACCUUGUUCAAGACAAAUUGCUGAAGAACAGAGACUUCCAGUUACGGCCACCUUUGAGGAAACCGCCACAGUCACUCGUGCUGCUGCGACUGCCGUUCCAGAGCUGCGAAGAAGCGCGCGCAUCGCAGCGAGGCGCCUAAAAGUCGCCGAGGAAGCGGCGCUGCAGAAAGCGCAGGCCAAUAUCCCAGAGACCACGACCAGGGUACGGGGUGCGUCCAAGGCGUCACGGAAGCGUGGGCGCGGCAAGACGGUCGCGGAGGACGAGACGCGGGAUGCAGAACGGCCGGCGAAAAGGACGCGACGGCGCACUGCACGGAAGUGA